AUUUGAGCUGGUCCCAACUCGCGGUUUAAAUAGUGAACGAUUGCAAUGGACGAUCAGAAUUCUAUACGGUCAACGAUGUCGCAUUGUCGCUGUAAAAGUGUGAACACGAAUUCGGGCUUUGGGCUUAGAUGUCUGUCCCGUUUAUAUUCAACUGUAUAGGACUAGCACAGAUACAUAAUAAUGUAUUAUAUAUCUGUGAGGACAAGUGUACGAUUUUUUUACUGAACAUAUUAUUUUAUAAAUGGCACCCAUAAGUUAUGGGUGUAUAAUUAUGGCGUAUGGGUCAUAAUUAUAUUAUAUUAUCGGUGUUUAUACAAGACAGACCAUAGGACAAAAGUUGAAUUUUAAAGAAUAAAGAUAUAAAUUAUGUAACGUAAUUAUAGAUUUAUGAACUUUUGAUAUUAUUUUCGUCCGCAUCAUUAUAUAUGCGUUCGACCGCCACCCAAUCACCGAUGAGUUCGGUCAGUGUAUACCGGUCGGCUAUUAUCACUUCGCGUUGGCCUUGGCAGUUGGCACUUGACAUUCGUAGUUCACCGUUUGCCAUAGUUGGUUCAUCGCUCAUCAGACGUCGUUAUUUCUAGUCUGCCACCCCUACCGGUCAUCAGUCGAUCACUAACAUUUUAAUAUCAUAAAUCAUUUUUCGCUGAACGAAGACAGUGAGUGCAGUCCCGACCUCCGUACUCAGUACAAUAACCAAACGUCUAUUGAGCAUUAGCCAGAAUUCCAAGAUGCCUGUUAAAGUUGGAGAUACCGUGCCAAGCGUAGACUUGUUCGAAAACACACCCGCCAACAAAGUUAACAUUUCAGAACUGUGCAAUGGAAAAACUGUUAUACUUUUCGCAGUUCCCGGAGCAUUCACUCCAGGCUGCUCGAAGACACAUUUGCCCGGCUACGUAAACACUGCUGAAGAUCUGAAAAGUAAAGGUGUAGAUGAAAUUGUUUGCGUUUCUGUGAAUGAUGCCUUUGUCAUGGCAGCUUGGGCCCAAGAUCAAAAAGCUGAAGGAAAAGUACGAUUAUUAGCUGAUCCCAAUGCAGAACUCACAAAGGCUUUCGAUUUGGCCAUUGACUUGCCACCAUUAGGCGGCACCCGUUCCAAGAGAUACUCAAUGUUAAUCAAAAAUGGUAAAGUGGAACAAUUAAAUGUUGAGCCAGAUAACACUGGAUUGUCUUGUUCAUUAGCUAAUAAGAUUGUUUUGUAAUCUAACCUUAAUUUUAUUUUAUACUUUUUUCAAAUUUAUUUAUAUGAAUCUUUUACAAAAAUAGUGCUUUAACGAAAUAUAUACUAAUUUUUUUUUUCGGUGCAAAAAUUAUAGACAUAUAUUGUUUAAA